UCGUCCAGUGUCACUCAUCAGCAGCUCGUGCAGGUCAGACCGUGUGCACGCGGCAGGAGUUAGCUCUCCGCUCUUGCAGUCGGUUCAGCGGCACCAUGAGAGGUAGCAGCACACCUUGGAGCGACUGUGUUGGAGCAACGGAGGCGAGGAGCCCGGCACAGGUGUAUCCAUCUAAGCAUAUGGAUGGGUAGACAUGCAGCAGAUGUGUGCAACAGGUGAAAAAAUAGCCAGUUGUGAGUGGACAAAAGGAGGAGAAGGAGAGGCCAGGGGCUUCUGCCCAGUCACUCCUGGGAAAGAUUAUAAAACAGUGACAGUCAUGUCUCCACUGCAGAGGUGUGCCACUGUUAGGGGCAUAAUGGGGAAAUACUGCCUCCCAAAAAGCCCUGUCUGUUCUGAUUGGACUGCUCUUUACAGGCCUGAGCAGGCAUCAUCCGCCCUGGUUACCUCAGCACCCAUGAAUCAAAUAUAGCUGUUCAUUUUAGUCCCUAUGAGAAACUACCAGUGACUGAUUCUACUCCAACCUUCUGAGGGCCAGAGUAUGGGGUGAUGAGGACUAUCCUCAACUGACCUCAAUGCAGAUGACCAGUGAUGGCCACAGCAUCACCUCAACAUUUGUUGGAUGACGUGAUAAACACAGAACAACAACAAGACCAACAACAGCAGCAGGAAUUCCUGAGCUCACUGGAGACAAUUGUUCUCACCAUCUUUCUCUCCAUCAUUAUCAUCAUGACAGUGUUUGGAAACCUGCUGGUCAUGGUGGCACUCUGCAAGGACAGACAUCUAAGAAAGAAGAAGACAAACUACUUCAUUGUGUCGCUAGCAUUUGCUGACUUACUGGUUGCUGUGGUAGUGAUGCCCUUCGCUGCAAUCGAGUUGACCACCGGACAUUGGCGGUACGGAGAGAUCUUCUGCCUGGUCCGAACGUCUCUGGACGUCCAGUUGACUACGGCAUCCAUCCUGCAUCUCUGCUGCAUUGCAUUGGACAGGUAUUACGCUAUCUGCUGCCAGCCGCUGGUCUACAGACACAAGAUGACCCCGGUCAGAGUGGCAGUGAUGCUCAGCGGCUGCUGGCUCAUUCCCACUUUCAUCUCCUUCCUUCCCAUCAUGCAAAGCUGGAACGCCAUCGGCAUAGAGGAUAUUAUUGAGGAGAGGCGAGCGUUGACAGGCUCCAAUGACACAAGCUGUAUAUUUUUGGUCAACCGGCCAUAUGCCCUGAUCUGCUCAGCAGUUGCCUUCUACGUCCCAUUAGCCCUCAUGGUCCUGGCCUACCAGCGCAUCUACGUCACUGCCAUGACCCACGUUCGACAGAUCGAAACACUGCAGCGGGCUGGCUCUGCCCCUGUCACCGGGACUGCUCCUGUUAUCACCGUGAGGUCCUCCACUUCUUCUGAUCCAUUGGAGCACUAUCGCCUCAGGACAAAAAAAGGCUCCUCCUCUUCUUCAGAACACGCCCCAAUAGCGAACAGCCGCAUGCGUGUUGAGACUAAGGCGGCCAAGACGCUGGCUAUCAUAAUGGGUUGUUUCUGCCUAUGCUGGGCGCCGUUCUUCAUCACCAACGUGGUGGACCCCUUCAUCCACUACUCGGUGCCCUGGCAGCUGUGGACAGCCUGGCUGUGGCUCGGGUACAUUAACUCAGGUUUGAACCCCUUCCUGUACGCCUUUCUAAACCGGGCGUUCCGGAGGGCAUUUCUAGUGAUUCUCUGCUGUGGGGAUGAGCGGUACGCACGGCACGGGAGCUACUCCUACGGACACACCCACAGAGCAUGCUCUCCUGUGUCGGUCAAUGGGACGUCUAUGGCACUGAGAUUGUCCUUCCUGCCAAACCGGAGCUACAGCGACAACGGGCGGACGAUACUGGCCAACGAGCAGGAGUCCCAGGACUCUCUCGGACCCCUAUGAGGAUGUCUUCACAGAGCUGUGUGGGGGACCUUUGAGAUGGUCCUCGUUCUCAACAGCCACUGUAAACUGAUCUGACCUGUUAAUGAGGAUUACCUGGAUAUUCAGCUAUGAUCCAGCAUCAUCCUUGACUUUGCUACAUGUGUGAUGAUGCUGUCUGGGGUAAUCCAAAGGUUAGAGGCAUCAGACAAGUGCUGAAAGGCAAAUCGGACUCCCAGUGACUCUGAAUGAGAAAGGGAAUGAUGCGUAAUAGUACUGAAUUAACCUAAUAGUUAUACAAGACUUGUGCCAAUGUUUCCAGGUCUGGACUUUGCCACAAAUCUCCCAAAACAAGAGCAGACUACAAGGCAAAAAUGCUGGACAAAGCAAGAGGCCUCUUCUGCUUUUUUGCGGCACGUUGUGAAGGAGAAACGUCAUUACAGAGUUAACUGCCAGCUGGUGACACAGGUGACCGCAGGUCUUAUUAGAUUCAAGUUCAGUUUAUUGUACAGAAGUUUGGAUUCUUGCCUUUUACAAGCAUCGAUGGAACACUGAAACUGUUGGAUGUCAAAAGUAGACUGUUUUUUAUUAAAAUGGUUUAGCUCAUGUUUGUGUUUCCCUUCGAAACACCAGUUUCUGAGUCUGAGGAUGUGAAAUUAGAAGACUGUAAAGUUUGUGAUGAAUUACAGCGUCAUAAAAACCCUCCUAUCAUUGUGAUGAAACACUUCCCUAAACCUGUCAUGGCACAUAACAUAUUGUUGCACUUACCUCGUGACAUCUGUCGCAUCUCUGACGACACACAACCGUGAGUGGUUCUGUGGUGCGGCUCUAUAUCACCGCAGCAUGGUGGAAAAUGUAAUGAGCAGUGCUAAAAUCGCACUGCCACACGUGUAUCUGGAAAAGUUGAGAACAGCUUUCUGGUGUGGGCAGAAUUCCUUAAAAUGCAGAUAAUGUGUCGUGUAAGAAAAGAAAAUGCUCCCGCUAUGAAAGAAUUAGACAACUUGACACAGAUAGAAAGAGGUUUGCUUUUUAAUGAUAGCAGGCUGUAAUUCAUAAGAAAUGUGAGAGUUUACACAAAUCCUGAUCCUGAAGUGAUUACAUCUAUUACAAUUGAUGAAUAUUUCAAAAUAAUUGAAUAUAACAGACAAAUUACAAAUGAAAAAAUACAGGAACAUUUUUUUCAGUGUCCAGUUGAUGCUGCUGCGACUAAACCGCCAACUCAUGAUCUGCAUUUGGAAAUGCUCAUUUCACAGUUUUCUUUAAAGAUUGUUACAAAAUAAACAUUUAUGCACUGACGCACAUGUUUCUUAGAACAAGUAAAAAAAAAAAAGAAUGUGUUCUCUCCUCGGUGAACUUGAAAAAUACAAAAUCAAAGCAUAUUGAUGAACUGUUUUAAAACUCUUUAGGCUGAGGUGGAUAUUGAAGGUCUGAUGUCACUCAAAUAAAGAACACAAGGCUUGUCUGCGUUA